UUAAAUAUACGACGUUGUUUUUUGCGUAUAGUUUUGGACUAAUGUCGAUUUCUAUUUUUCUUUUCUUAUCUAUUAUUACGACUUCUUCAUGUUUUGAUAAUGACUUCAUUCUCUGUCGAAUUUGUGGUAAUAAUAUCGUGACGACUCGAUCAAUUAUAGACUGGCGAAGUUCAUCCUCGGUUUCUACUUUCACAGACUUUUUGUUUAAUACAGAAAACGUUUUGAUACAAGUGUUAGCUGGGGAUUUUUUUUUUCAAUUCCCUGUUAUUGUUGCAAGUCAUUCUAACUGUACUGGGACUGGGGAGUGGGAGGAAGAGAAGGAGCUUUGGUUUCCUGGUUAUCGCUGGAAGCCUUGUGUAUGCAGUGAUUGUGGUGCUUCACUUGGUUGGGUUUUUGAAAAAUACAAUAAUUCUGACACAAUUCAAGAUCCUGAAAAAUUCUAUGCUCUUAUCAUACCUCAUUUGAUUGAUCAAAAAUUUUUAGAUAGUCUAAUAGUAUAUCCACAACACUAAAGAUGACUACAGAAUUAUCAAAAGCAGAUGAGGAAUUCCUUGCAAGAUGUGAAGAGAAAUUCAAGGAUAGAUUCACUGAGAGGGAUGAAGAAUACAUGAAAACGUUUACUGCAGAACCCUCUAUACCGCCAAUCUUAGAAAAUUGGUGGGUGCGAAAUAAUGCCGGUCGAUAUGAUCGUAGACAUAACAGGAAACCAUAUCAAAGACAUGAUAAUGCAAGCAACAGUUACAAUGGGAGAGACAAUUUCAAGUCAGGGUAUAGCAGAGGCUACAAUGACUAUAAUAAUGACAGUUAUAACAACCACUAUAGCAGAAGAAAUCAUAAUUCCCAUUAAUUUAUUAACUUACCCAUUAUAAAAACAAAUUAGGAAUAAUUCUAAAAUUUAGAGCCCAUACUAUCACCACACUUUGGCAUAAAAAUAUUUGAUUAUAGAAAUAUAUUAUGCUAUAAUAAUAUAUUAGAUAAAUUUAUAAUCCUAAUCUUUAUUUGCACAUAAAAUGGUUACGUUAAAAGUUUUCUAUUUUUGUAUAAGAUGGAACUGAUGAAAUAUUAAAUGUUUGUGAUUUUUAUUACUAAUUAAAAGCUUCAAUGACGUAUUGUUACUCUUUA